AUGCAGCAAUACAAUGCAGCUGAAGGGGUCUUUGAGAUUCUUACAUUUGCACACGAAGGUAAGGGCGGAAAUAUCCAUAAAGUCUCUGCAGAAAGGAAAAAGUGUUCGUGUAGGAAGUGGAGAAACUACCAUAUGCCAUGCUCACAUGCCAUUAAAUUUUGUGAUAUCCGCAGAAUUCAACCAAAGACCUAUGUUAGCAAGUACUACAGUUGCAGGUUUUACAAGCAAACGUACAGCGGAAAUUUUUCACCGUUGGGUGAUGAGGCAUAUUGGCCACCUUGUCCCUUCAGUUUAAUUGCAAACACUGAAUACGAGCGAACUUCAGGAGCGCGGACUACAACUAGAAGGAGGAAUGAAAUGGAUAUAGCUCCUGCUCGCAUGGCUAGAAAGUGUAGUACGUGCAAGCAAACAGGUCAUAACAAGAAUCGCUGCCCCAACAGAAAUCAAUAG